AUGACAACUCGUAUAACCAACUGGAUAUCUGAAUACGAGCGUGAUCGCGCUCCGAAAGAUCGCCUGGAAUUGAGCACAAGCCUCGAUCCUGUCCUGGAAACUACCAGGGGUAGCAGAAGUCAUCGAUCGAAAGGGUCUGCGCCUCCUGAGGAUACUUUGGAGCUGCUCUGGGUCAAACUCAAAGAUCAACGGGUCAAGUUGAACGAUAUCAAGAGUCAAAUGGCCAAGAAGCGAAAAAGAUUAAGAGAGUUGAGGAGACAGAGGGACGAUGCAGACAAUACAUUUAUGGGUGUCGUUCGGCCUAUGCUGAUUGCUCAACAAGGGCAGAUAGUAACAGGACCCGCCACUCUGGAACGACAUCUGGCAGAACUGCAGCGGCUGAGAACUGAAUACCAAGCCUAUGAAAACGAUUACGAAGAUCUUGAGAUCACCUUGGACGAAGAGGAGGAAAUUCUAAACAGGCUAGAGAUUCGAUUCUUUAGUUUGCUCGCGGUUGGUCAAGCCGUUCCUCUCGAACAGCCUGCUGAAGACGACAAAAAGCAUGAGGAAGACAAGAAUAUUCCCAAUGAUCUUAUGGGCAUAUCUCCGGAUGGCCCAUCCGAGGAUCUGCAUCCUAAGUAUCUGGAUCUCAUGGCUGCGGUCGGUGACCUUGAGAACGCCAAGGAAGAACUUGACGAGCUACUAUUUCUCAAGGAGCAGCAUGAGGGAGAAUUAAAGAUGAAGGCAGCCGCGGGUAUGGAGCUGAACGAGGCUGAGAUCGAAUUUUUCGACGAGUUCCCGCUGGAAGAGCAAGAAAUGCGCAAUAGUGUCGCCAGCCUGCAGCAACAAGCAACUGAUCUCCGAAAGCUGUGUGAGGAAAAGGGAGUGAUGCAGAAGCAUUUGUCGUCACGCGUUGCUUAUCUUCUCAAUCCUGAAAAUGGGUAUGAGGACAUAGAACUCGAUGACGCUUCCGUAAUCCUGCGCAGUCGGACAGAUCUUGCACAUUCCACAUUCCCUGUUCUUCUGAGCCAGCCUGAACACGUUAUGGCUGACGAAUUUCCUCUCACACCGCGUGAUGCACUCAAGGCAGCAGCAGCCCUACCGGUGACUGACCCGGUGAAACCAAGCCGCAUGCAGCUCGCAUCCAAAGAGUAUUCCAUCGAUCGGCUCAUGCUGGAUCAUGGUGAGGGUGGCAAGGGUGAUUUUAUUAAUAGAUGGCUUUUGCACCAGCUUAGGCUAUCGUCAGUGAAUGCGCUGCUUCUCCAUACGACCUUCACCAAGAGUCGGGGACUCAAGAUCCGUGAUCUUGAUCGCUGGCAGAGUGAUGUACUGCACUAUUGGUGGAACGACGAGGGCGCAGAACUACCAGCAGACAUGAUGCAGCUUGUAACAAGCGAACACUCGAAUGACGGUUCAAGAAUUGGAACGAACCAGCUCUCAAGGGCGGUGACCUAUACCCCAGGUGUGUCGGGCGGUAGACAGAGUCUGUUGACCCCGAGUAGUGUCGCACACUCUACCUGGUGACGAGAUUGCCAAUGCUGUGAGGCUACUGCUAUUUUUCUUUCUGUUAUGUCCAUCCUUUUGCUUCCCUCCUCUCCCUGCUUUUUCAUUUGUGUCAAACCCGGUUUCGGCUUCUAUUUGGCGGUCAGAUGGUUAUAUAUCUGCUUAUCUUCAGGUUAAGGUCAGUUCCAGUCUGGUGCAAAACAGGACUAGGCAGAAACCUAGGUCAGCACGGUCUUCUUCAGUCUGUUUUUUCCUUCUUCUUCUUUCAGCGUGUUGUUAAUGUUUGCGGUUUUUGGUUUGUUUCUGGCGUAAGAGAUGUCAUAUACCCCAUUCUUGUUGUUAUUGGACUUUGAGAAAGGAGGUAAUGUAUCCAGAUGUUUAUACCCAUGGGCUGGGAUUAUGGAAAGAGCAUGUAGAUUGGUUAAAGUUUUUGUUAAAAGGUGAAGAUAAUAAGGGAUAUUUGACUGGUUGGCGUAAGGUGUUUUGAGUAGUGGAGGCGAGUAUCAUUAUUGUUUGCGUGGUGUAUUAUGUAUGCGUGAUGUUUCGAUGGUUCGGGGUGUUGUUGAUCUUUAUAGAGAGAACCUACCUACCUACCGAUUAGUGAGUGGAAAAGGCCUCUGAAUUGUCACGAGAAUGGCUCGAACCAUUAGGUUCCGUUCCAUUGUAAUUCUUGUU